CGAAGCGUCUGCUAUGACAUUCGACUUUCAAGCGUUUCGACGCGACGUUCCAAUCAGCAGGCAACGCAAUGUCCUCACCGUCCUCGCAGCAGCAGUCGUCUCAGCUGGAGGCAACAGCUGUGGAUAAUUUUCGCGAAUAUCUCCGAAUUCCUACGGUACAACCCAACGUGAAUUAUGAUGACUGUGUUGCAUUUUUGCAAAGGCAAGCAAAAUCCCUUGACUUGCCGCUUAAAGUGUACAAUGUGCAUCCAAACAAGCCAAUUGUUAUCAUCACUUGGGAAGGAACUGAGCCAUCAUUACCUGCUAUUCUCUUGAAUAGUCACACGGAUGUGGUGCCAGUAUUUCCUGAUCAUUGGACAUACCCACCCUUCAGUGCUCACAUGGACGAAAAAGGAGAUAUUUAUGCUCGGGGAAGUCAAGACAUGAAAUGUGUCGGGAUUCAAUAUUUGGAAGCAAUCCGACGUUUGAAAUUGAAUGGCCAGCGUUUCAAGAGAACGAUACACCUGUCCUUCGUACCUGAUGAAGAGAUAGGGGGUGUUCUUGGAAUGAAAGAGUUCGUUCACACCAAAGACUUCAAGUCAUUGAAUUUGGCCUUUGCUUUGGACGAAGGCGUUGCUUCACCUACUAAUGACUUCUUCUUGUAUAACGGAGAGCGAUCGUUGUGGCACUUAUGGAUACAUUGUCCAGGUAAUCCAGGCCAUGGUUCGCUCAUGUUGGACAAUACAGCAGGGGAAAAAGUACGAUAUAUUAUUGACAAGUUCAUGGACUUUAGGGCUAAGGAAAAAGCUAAGCUGACAAAUCCCAAAUGUAAACUGGGAGAUGUGACCUCCGUCAACCUGACACAAUUACAAGGAGGUGUUCAAACAAAUGUUAUUCCAGACAAGUUAACAGUUGUCUUUGACAUUCGCAUUGCUACUACCGUCAAUAUUGUAGAAUUUGAAAAAAUGAUACGAGGUUGGUGCGAGGAAGCUGGACCAGGUGUACACAUUGAUUUUGAACAAAAAAAUGAAGAAGUUGAAGUCACCAAAGUGGAUGCCACCAAUCCAUUCUGGGUUGCUUUCAAAAAAGCUAGUGACAAACUAGGGAUUAAUCUAGAUGUUGGAAUUUUCCCUGGAGCAACUGACAGUCGUUACGUGCGGGCGGUGGGGAUCCCGGCACUUGGUUUUUCACCAAUGAACAACACUCCGAUUCUUCUUCAUGAUCACGACGAGUACUUGAACAAGGAUGUAUUCCUUCGUGGUAUUAAAAUCUAUGAGGAAUUAAUACCAGCCGUAGCAAACGCUUGAAACGCAGAGUCCUAGUAUUGUUGAAUUUCUUUAUAGCACUUUGGGGUUGGGAAAGAAAACACGGGUGUUAUGAGAGAAAGAGUGAUAUAGUCAUAAAGUUAUUGAAGUUUAUAAAUAUUUUUAAAACAAAGUUAAUAAUCAUAAUUCUAUGACAUAUAAAUAAACUAACUAAAUCACAUCAGCUAAAACUGAAACAAACCGUUCGGGCACCAUAAUUCAUACGGCAGCAAGAAACUAAAGCAAUUGUUUAUUACAAGUGUUCGUUGAAUAGUUAAAGAGCGAUCCGUUAUCUAUUAUUGAAGAAACAUUACGGCAAAAAGUUCCCGAACAAAUAAUAUAAUAAUUCUCAAUUUAUUUUAAUCAAAGUUCUACAACAAGUCAGUAAGGUGCUAUAUUAUAAUUGAGCGGCCUAUAAAAAAGCUAAUAAACUUCGUCCCCUCGCGUUUGAGAAGAAUGGCUGACACAUCGAUUAAAUGAAAAAAAACUUGAGUUUAAAACAAUAUUAAAUACAAUAAUUCCGUAACGACUGAACAUUUCGUCUGGAAGUGUAAUUUUGAAAAGUGAAUAAUCGCCUUAAAACCAUAAUCUCGUACAGCAAGAAAUUUCUACGCAUGUUAUUAAUACAUAUUUUAAGAAUGUUAUAAUAAUCAGUAAGCCUGAUUACAAUAUUUCGAUAUGUUACCUAAAAAGAGAAGAAAAAAAAAAUACAAAUAUAAAUGCAUGACGAAAAAACCAAAAACCAAACAAAACAAA